AUGACUUUCAUUACCCCUUCAUCACCGCCACCAUUAAUACCUCUUAAACCAUACACAAGCUUCGAUAUAACAAGCAAAGUCAGCCCAGACGUCCUUCUAGUAAUCAUAAUCCUCUCCAUCAUCUUCUUCAUCUCCGGUCUCAUCCAUAUCCUUGUCAAGUUCCUCCUCACACCAUCACUUCAAAACAGAGAUGAUUACUUCGACAACAACAACGUCACAGCUUUUCAAGGCCAGCUUCAACAACUUUUCAACCUCCACGAUUCAGGCCUCGACCAAUCACUAAUCGACAAGUUACCUGUCUUUCAUUACAAAUCCAUCAUCGGUCUCAACAUUACAUCUUUCGACUGUUCUGUUUGUCUCUGCGAGUUCGAAACAGAGGACAAGCUCAGGCUCUUGCCUAAAUGCAGCCACGCCUUUCACGUUGACUGUAUCGACACGUGGCUUCUCUCUCACUCUACUUGUCCUCUUUGUAGAUCCAAUCUCCUUCUCUCUGAUUUCUCAUCUCACUACAGUCCAAGAUUAUCGUAUCUACAUGUUCUUGAGUCAGCGAGUGGUCGAAGCUUGAGGGACAUAAUUCCUGUUCCUGAGGCUAAUGAUCUUGGGUCGACCCGUUUUGGGUCGGGUCGUAAAUCAUGCGACCCGGAUGGUGAAUUGGUUGUUCCUUUAGAAGUUAAGCUAGGGAAGUUUAGGAACGUAGAUCAUGUUGGUGAAGGAAGUGACAGCAACAACGAUAAUAUCAUUAGUGGCAACAGUAAUGUAAAUGUUAGGAGGUGUUUUUCAAUGGGGUCAUAUGAGUAUAUUGUGGACCAAGGAGCUACACUUAAAGUCCACGUUCCGACCAAGAAUCAAUCCGACAAAGAUGGUCGUUUGCCUGGCCAUAGAGCAGUUAUGUCUGAAUGCGGUUAUGAUCCUACGGUUAAGGGAAUUGGGAAGAGUGUUGUGGAAAGGGAGAGUUUUUCUUUGUCUAAAAUUUGGCUACGGGGUAAAAAGGAGAAGCAGAAGGGUACUAGUGUUAGAGAUCAGGAAUGUUCUUCUUUGUCUUCAUCUUCUAUCAGAUUUUCGAAGCAAAUGGAUCCUCCUGAGGCGAAGAAUGGGAUCAAUUUCGAUGAAGAGAAUCAAAAGAGCGAAAAUUCGGAAUCUUUGGAGACGAAAACGCCAUCUUUUGCUAGGAGGACCAUGCUUUGGCUUGCAGGGAGACAAAACAAGACUGUUCAUCCUUCUACAUCCAAUGUUUAGUUUUCUGUUGUUGAAGUUUUAAUCUUAUUUUCAAAUAUUUGAUAAGAUUUGUGAGUUUUCUCUAGAGAGAAAGUAGAUGAAUAGCGGGGGAUAUAAAUAUAUGUAGGGGUUUUUACUUCUUACUACUUGGGCACAUUGGGAAUUUGGUUUGUGUGUGCUGCCAAUGCCACCCAUUGUUCUAAUUCUAAAUUUUUGUUUCUUAUAACGAUGGCCCUUCCUAUGUAACUGAGAAGUAAGAUAACUAUACAAGUAAUGGA